CUUUGUAUGGCUCCACGAUCUUCGAUGUUAUUUACUCGCUAAAGUGUGUGUGCGCAUUGUCUAUGCUCGAUGUCUUUACGAUCGCAUUUAUUAUCGCUUCAGACCUCUAUUCUAAUCCCUUUCCCUGUUGAAUUUAGAGGAUUUAGCAUUAUCUCUAGAAAUCUAUUAUUUUUAUCACUAAAGAAAUUAUUGGAUAGGAAGAAAAAAAUUAGCAAUGAACACGCGAGAAGAUGGCAGGAUUUUUUUGAGCUGUAAUUUUCUUUUUUAAUUAUGAAAUAUUAAAAUACUAUUUUUCAUCAGUUUCGACAUUAAGGAUUAUGGUUUUAUUGAAAUCUUUUCAACAGCUUCAUAAAUGUGGAAUGUUUGAUGUGCGGAUAACUCGAUGAAUUAGACUCGUAUCUUCCUCGGUGAAAAGGUUAACAUUUACAGAACGUACAUUUCUGUUGGCCAUCCGCCAUGCAGGCAACAGCGGUGACACGAUGCGAACCUCGGGCUGAUUAACCGCAGCCAACCAGGACUUUAACAUUUAAACACGGCGUGCCCUGACGGCAGGUUCUCAUCUUCUCUACGCGUGACGAUCGUGGCGCACGCGUUUCGGACUGCCGAUUUAUAUUUGGCAUAGCUCGUUCUCGCGAGGAUGACGACGAAACUCGGAGAACGAAGCGAAUGCUCCAGAGCAGAGCGGCCCUCUUCUCCCCUCCCCUUCCCUCUUUCCCCCUAUUUACCCCUCCUACCCCGUUUUUAACCCGAUAGUAUGGCCUAACCUUGGUUAAUAUUUUCUAGUGGAGUAGGGAGCGGAAGAAACACACGCGUAACUUUCCGUUGCGACGUCGAUCGUUGCUUCCGUUAUCGCAACGCGAGCAACCUAAUGGAGGAAAACUUGUCAUCGUCCAGCACUAUAUGAUUCAUUGAGUAAUACAUAACAUAAGAACACAGCGAUAACGAUACGAUCUAUGCUUUGUAUUCCUCUUGCGUUUUGCAUUCGCACGGAUAUUCAAUUUUGCUUCAUCUUCAGAAUUAUUUGUGUAAUAUGGUAUUUUAACAAAAAUUUAAUACUUAAUUUUUUUCGUCUUUAUUCUCUUUUAAAUAACAUGUCUGUAUUUUCAAAUAUUCUGAUUUCUAACUCGAGCCAAAUUAAUCAGAGUCUCUUCGCUAGAAAAUAUUUUGGAGAUGAUCUCUGAGAAACUGAUGUGGGCGAGCAAUCCGCGCGAAUAAAUUGCGUCGCUAUUUUCUAAACUGCGUGUAUUUAUAUCGAUACUCUUAAAAUCUACGCGAUACAUGAUAGGGUAAUAUCUUUGACAUCGUGACCUUGGAGACAACUCGAGUUUUAUUAAUAGUAUUAGAGUCCACGAACUUGUCUACCAAACUGUUAAUCAAGCCCUUUUAAUUUUAGCUAGAAACUCUAAAUUCAUGAUAUUUAUCUCGAUGACUAUACCUUAUCCUAUUUAUCUUUAAAUUAAUUUUGAUUUUUUUAAGAUCAUGUUUUACUUAUUUUAUAUAAUCUUAUUUUCAUUUGAUGAUCUUGACUAUUUUUGAUGAUAGAUAUUAAUAGUUAUCUUCAUAUCGUACAUCAUGUAACUUUUAUUGGCCUUAUAUAAUUUUUAUGCAAUAUAAGAUUUCUCUUCUAUGCUAUUUUGUUUUUAAAAAAUCUAAAAAUUUUUUUAAAUUCAAACCUGAUGGAAACACUAGUCGUACGCAGAAUCUUUUUAGAUCAUCUCUGAAAGUUCAGUUGCAUCUUUCGUUGUUCGUUAUCGAAGCGAACGAGAGCGAAAUCCCGCGAAAAAAAAAAUCUUUGAAGCGACUUAAUAAAUCCAUAUAGAUGAUUAUCUAGUUUCUCAUUUUUAUCUCUUGUAUAUCUUUUUGUCCAUCUCUUUGUCAUUUCUCGUCAUUCUUCGCGGAAGAGACUAGCUUCACGCAUAAACAUAUUUAGUCGUAUCUGGUUAUCAUUCUAAUACAUAUAGCAUCUAUGUUCAAAAAAAUGCCAACUAUUGAAUGUGGCCAAUAUUAGACCGAUAUCUCAAGCAGACCUACAUCGCGGCGUGUUUCGCAAUUUCUAUGUGUGUCAAGGUACGAGAACAAGCGACGCGGUUCACCGCGUGGAAAACGCGGCACCGUGCGCUCGUUUUCCCGUAAAAAUGCUUUUCGUGGACGGACGAGUUCUCCCCCUUCAUCGUGCAUCAGGAAACAACGUCGUGACUCGAUCGGAACUUUGGCGCGUUCCGAAUAAGUGCAAGAGAAUUUACGUAAUACUACCAGUGGUGAUCCCUUCUCUUCUGUUUCGCCUCUCUUCUUCUUUUUUCCACCUGUAUAUCUCGCUUCGUCUUUCUCUAUUUCUGUUUCGUCCGUCUCUCUUUCGUUUGCGAUCGCGCGUGCGAGUUACGCUAAUCGCGCCUCUCUUCGUCGCUCCGUUUUCUGAUCGCUCUCGCUUCUCGAGAGAGGAGGAUGAAUCGUUCUCGUCAGAGCGGGCUCACCAUUGCUCCCUGGUAUUUUUAGUGCGACGAGAGAGUAUUUGGCGGGGCGCAGCGAGUGUUUCGUCUCCUUCUCGUCGUCGUCGUCGUCGUUGUCGUCGUCUCCCUGACCGUUGUCGUGGUCGCAGUUUGGUCGCCCUCCUCGGCAUAUCGUUCUCUCGCGCGAAUCGGCGUAUUCCCGCCUUCCCGUAGAGUGAUGUACUUGUGUAGAGAAUUGUUUCGUCAGCCUCGGUGGUGUCUUCGAGCGGCUGUCGCAGCCGCUCCUCUCAUACGACUUAGUCGCCAAAGUUUGAGCUGAGCUCGCCUCGUUGAGAUCCGUCAGAGACGAUCUUUCGAGUAUCCGAUUAACGAUUUUCAUAAUCCGGGAAAUCGAUUCGACAAGAUUUGCGAUUCGACCGCAAAGGAGCUGUUAUAGAUGUUCAUAUUCGCACCGCGCGAUACCAUGUCGACCUCCCGACAGAGCUCGGCCCCGCGGCGAAGUCGCUACGGGCGCUCGUCCACCACGACGAGCGUGACCCAGCUGCUGAGCGACUCCUGCACGAGUCUUCUCCAGAAAUUGACCACGCGAGUGCGUGGAACGUCUGCGCUCAACGAUCGCGGUAGAUCGCCCAACAUUGGCCGAUUGCGAAACACGCGGAGCCGUUUGGAGGACAAGUACAAUACGAUUCUGGACAAGUAUUCCGGCAAGAGACCAGCCGACAAUUCGGAGCAGAAUGUUCGCAGUUAUUCGCGAAAGGAGCGUGAUCACAGCUAUUAUCAUCGGGAUGACAGUCCGUUUGUACGCGACGACAAGACCCUGGAAUCCUCGAUGAGCCGUAGCAUCAUUAAAAGUCCCACCAGCGUGCUUCUUAGCGAGAAGGCUUAUCCCUACGUGAGUUCCGCGAAGAGCAGGGAACCCAGGCGGGAGAAGACACCUGCCUAUGGCCGUAUGGAUCGUACGCAUAUUCUGCUAAACUCAGAAGCUUAUCAUCACUACGGCAGACAUAAGUCCGGACACGCGGAAACGCGCAGUCGGAAAGUUAGACCGCAUCGAAAGGGUAAGAGCGAGCAGUUGGAAGCUCACUCAACGUAUCUAAGAUUGUCCCGACCGAUCAAGAUCGAGCCGUUCGAGGACGACGAGGAAGUUGCGGUGGAUCCGGACAAAACGCCAAUCGCCAACAGCAACACAGACAAUGAGAGCGUCGCCAAAAAUAUCGCGUUGACGGCGGAGGAUCCGGCGAUCUCGGAUAGAGCGGUCAAACGCAAGGAGAUCCAAAGUUUGAUCCUGAAGUACGCCGCUAUGGAGGAUACUUACAGCCAAUUGGCGUCCGCCGGACAAGCGACGAACGUACGUCCCAGUACGACGGACCUCAUCGCCAGCAAGUACAGAAGGAGCAAUCAUUGUAACAAUGAGAAGGACAACCCGUCCAAGAGCACGGUAGCGUCGAACACGAUUAGCGAGAUGGAUGCAAUCCACGGCGCGAUCAGCCCACGAGCGCCUUCCGUCGAGGACGACGAAGACGGCCACCUUGUAUACCAAUCCGGCGACAUCCUGGCAAAUAGAUAUAAAGUACUGGCCACCCUAGGAGAGGGUACUUUUGGAAAAGUUGUCAAGGUUAAGGACUUGCAAAUGGAUCACGUGAUGGCUCUAAAAAUCAUUAAGAACGUGGAGAAGUACAGAGAAGCGGCAAAAUUGGAGAUAAACGCUCUCGAGAAGAUCGCCGUCAAGGAUCCGGAAGGCCAACACUUGUGCGUGAAGAUGCUCGACUGGUUCAAUUACCACGGGCAUAUGUGUAUCGCGUUCGAGAUGCUGGGUCUGAGCGUUUUUGAUUUUUUGAGGGACAACUGUUAUCAGCCGUAUCCAUUGGAGCACGUCAGGCAUAUGGGUUAUCAACUCUGUUACGCUGUGAAAUUUUUGCACGACAACAAACUCACGCACACGGAUCUCAAGCCGGAGAACAUCCUAUUCGUUGAUUCGGAUUACGAUAGUACAUAUAAUAACAAAAAGCGGAGGGACACGAGACGCGUGAAACGAACCGACAUCAGACUCAUCGAUUUCGGUAGCGCCACUUUUGAUCAUGAACAUCACAGUACAAUCGUAAGCACGAGACAUUAUAGAGCGCCUGAAGUAAUUUUAGAAUUGGGUUGGUCUCAACCAUGCGAUGUCUGGUCUAUCGGCUGCAUCCUGUUCGAGUUAUACCUGGGCAUCACGUUAUUCCAGACGCAUGAUAAUCGCGAACACCUAGCAAUGAUGGAACGCAUACUCGGCACGAUACCACAUCGUAUGGCCCGCAAGACUAAAACCAAGUACUUUUAUCAUGGCAAACUAGAUUGGGACGACAAGAGCUCGGCCGGUAGAUACGUCCGAGAUAACUGCAAACCGCUGCACCGUUAUAUGCUAUCCGACGACGAAGAGCAUCGUCAGUUAUUCGAUCUCGUUCAGAGAAUGCUCGAAUACGAACCCUCGCAGCGCAUCACCCUGAAGGAUGCAUUGACGCAUCAAUUUUUCGAUGCUCUGCCGGCGUCACAGAGAUUGCCCGAUCCACGUGCGGCUGGUGACUCUCAACAGCCCCACGAAAGAUCACAUUCACUCUCUCGAUGAAGCUAGGAAAGGGACCGACCUCCGUGCUGGACAGACACUCCGCUUUCAACGACACUACUGCCCUACGUCUUUGUUCUGGUAUCAUUAAUUUUCAUGAAAACAUGUCUCUUUCGUAGCAACGAAACCCGAUGACGUGAAAUGAGUUGCGAGCAUUGAAUACGUGCUAAGAGAUAGCACGUAUAUGUAUAAGUAUGUGUCUGCGCGCAGGCGUGCGCGUGUAUAGAUACCGAUCAUUGGAUUUUCUCACAACUUUUGAUCCCCGCACUCAAUGUAACUUGAAUCUAUACGUAGGAAAGACUGUAAUGCGCAGCGGUGCCGUGGAACUUGGACUUAAUUCGAGUGCAUUCAACGUCAAGCGACGAUUACUUCAGCGAAGAUUACUUCUCGUCGCUGAUGGUUACGUCUGUCUGUUUCUAUCGCGAUUAUCGAUCAUCGAAAUGGCGACAUAUGGUCCUCGUUACUGGCAUGGAUAGGCCAGUGUGUCUGCUCAGUGUAGCGUAACAGAGUCCCGCAAUUUUAAGCAAUUUUUUAAAUGCUCUUCUGUACAUUUGUGUCUCUUAAAUUUAUUACCAUGUUAAUAUGCGACAAAAACGCAAAGUUUGGAGUAUAAAGAUCACCUUUGGGUCCGCAAUUUAUAAUAUACUAUUCAUUAUAAAUUGACGACCACGGAUGUGUUCUAACCGUAAGUAACGGUAUCCUAUAGCGAUAUAGUUUUAAACGACAGUAAAGUUGAUUAGAAUCGAGAGAAAACGAACGAGCGAGCGAGCGGGCGAGAGAGAGGGAGUGUAUGAGUAACAAUCAUCACUUUCAUCGUUGUGAAUUAUAUACAUCUUAAAACAUAAGAAUACAUAAUUAUGUCUUAGAGAAUGUUCUCUCAACGAUUCUUCUUUUUUUCUUUUUUUUUUUUUUCGUAUUUGAAUAUGGAGCCCAUUUGAAGUUUCUGAUGCGUAAAAGAGAAUUCUUCUUCGCGACAUAUUUAUAACGAUUUUUCAUGCUCUAAUCAUCUUUAAGUUUCCGGCCUAAUAAAACAAAAAAUUUCGUAUUUUAUAUUCUAUAAAUAUUAUAUAUUUCACGAAGAUUUAAUUUAAAUCGAAAAACGUAUAUUGUGAAUAUUACAGAAACAUUGGUGUGUAUUGCGCACGCGAGAACCAUCCCGUUCCCAUUUUUUUUCGUCACAUUUGAUUUACACAACUCGUGUCAUCCGUAUAAGUUUUGUUUGACCUUAGUUAUACUGUAUCUACGAAAUGAAGGAUGUUAUAUACCUGCUGCUCGUGUUAAACGGGGUAUAUUUACUUCUGCAAAACAGCGAUAUUCCGAGUAGCAAUAAAUACACUUCUUUCAAA